AUGGGCACCAAAUUUUGGCAGCAGUCUGUUGAGGACAAAGAGGACAAGACCCCCACGUGGCAGAAGUUCACCCAGGCAGAGAUGGCAGAGGCUGUGGAACGAGACCGGAAGCGCCGAGAGGAGAGGCUGGACGCCUGUGCCGCCAAACUCAAGCAGCUGGACCAGAAGUGCAAGCAGGCUUAUGGGACCGGCUGUCUCUCUCAGGACCAGAGCUGUGUGCCCCCACUGCUGGAGAGGAAGAUGACUGCCAUUGACCCCGCCCCCAUGUGGAGCCCCGAGGGUUACAUGGCACUGCAGAGCAAAGGCUACUCGCUGACCCACCUGAAAUCCAGCGACAAUUUGGCCAUGGACGUGCAUGUCAGUGACUCCUGGACCAAAGUUGCCACUGCCUUCACCAGCACUGAGCCUGGCUCUGCUGAGGCCGGGCUCACCUCCAGCAUCCCCAUCCUGCAGCGUGACCACCACAUCCAGAGAGCCAUCAGCCUCUCCCACAUGUCCUUCCCCACCGCUGACUUCACUCUGAAGGCUGCCGCUGCCCAGCAGAUCCCAAUUUCCCUUCUCACAUCUCUGCAAGCUCAAGCCCAGCUGGGACUGAGGGGUGGGCUGCAUGUCUCCCAGUCUCAGGAGAUCUUCAGCUCCUUACAGCUCUUCAGGUCCUGGGGCACGUGGGGCCCGUUCACCUCGGGGACGAGCUCUAGCAGCUUCCAUCAUGGCUCUUCGUCUGUCAGGGCCACCCUGGCCUUCUGGGGCCCGGUGAUGACCCUCACCUUCAGCCCUGCCUGA